GAAUAAGCGGUUGACUAUAAAAGUUUAACAGUAAAUUAAAUGUCAAUAAAUAGUAAUUAAAAUUAUGAAAAUAUGAGUAAUAUGUGAAAAUUUUUAUUUGAAUUAAAAAUAAAAAAAAAAUGCAUACAUUUCGAGCUGUUUCUGGAAUUUGGCGAUUAAGAGGACUACAAAUAUGGGGUACUAAAUUCAAGAGUUACCCUGAGAUAAGUGCUGUUAAACAUUACAGUACAUGUCCAGCUGGCAUGAAAGUUACUAUCUGCGGGGCAGCGGGAAAAACAGGCCAACCACUGGCUCUAUUAUUAAAACAAUGUCCAUUAUUGGACGAGAUAGCACUGUAUGAUGUAUGCGCCACUUGUGGCUAUGGUAUGGAACUGAGCCAUGUAGAUACGAAGUGUAAAGUCUCAUCCUUCUCAGGUCGUCACAUGCUUUGUGAUGCUCUUAAGGAUGCUAAAGUCGUGGUAAUUGUAGCGAGGAAUUGUUACGACACUUUUGAAUAUAGUGCGCCGAUCAUAACAGAGAUUGCGCUGCAGAUUUGUAAUACCUGUCCUUCUGCUUUCACAAUAAUUGCGACAGAACCGGUGGAGAGUAUGGUGCCCCUUCUAGGCGAAAUACAAAGGCUCCGAAGUGUUUACAAUCCUCGUAAAUUGUUAGGCUGUGUAGAACUUAACUGCGUGCGUGCUAAUACAGUCCUUGCUGACUUUCUGAGAGCCCCACCUGAGUCGGUGAGAGUGCCUGUUAUUGGUGGUGCUACCCCUAAUACCAUGGUACCAGUUCUUUCGGCUGCCGUUCAUCCAUGUAUAAUGACUCAGGAACAGAUUGAAUGUGUCACAUCGUGUAUAAUGAGUGGAAACGAAGCAGUUUGCGCAGCAAAAGGGUGCUGUGCGGAGACUGCGUGUCUUGCUGGCGCAUAUGCUGUGGCUCGAAACACUAUUAACGUGGUGAAAGGCCUGCAAGGUUCGAAGGAAGUUAUCCAAUGUGCAUACGUCGAUACUUUAGGGACGUGCGCGCCCGAUUGUCAAUUCUUUGCCAGCGAGGUCGUACUGGGACCUUCGGGAAUAGAAAAACACUUAGGUAUUCCAGAGUUGUCGAAAUUUGAGAAUUGUUUACUGUGCAACUGUCUGCCAUAUGUAAGGAAUGAGGUCGCUCGAGCAAUAUGGCUGGUGUACUCGAUGUGUCAACAGUGUUGUUGUGCAAACUGCUACGCGCAUCCGUGCACGUGUUACACGCCGCCCAUAGUGCCGUGUGUACCGCCUGUCAACUGGACCUGCGACUGCCCUGACACCUGCCGCGAUGAAUACCUAGCUUCGAUAUGCCGUGAUAUGACCUGCCGGUGGGGUAGCACAGAACUGUGCUGGCGACCUCGAUGGGUUGACUAUGAUGCGGCGAGGGCUGCUAACCUCACGCAUCAAAUGCCUUUGAAAAACGCAGCUUGCUCCGAAUGCCGGGUACCUAGGAGUGUACGAAUAGAACAAGAAAUACGAGAAAAGGCAAUGAACCCCUGUAGCGGGUAAUUAAAAAUAUACCAAAAAACUAUAUAAAUAAAGACCUUAUUAAUUUGGAAUACAAAAAUGUUGGUAGAUAUUAUUUGAACCUUGUGCCAAAAGGAAAAAAGUGAUUGUUAUUUUUUAAAUUAUUUAUUAUAUUUUUUUACAUAUUUA